AUUUUUUCAAUCCUCCUAUUUUACUGUGUUAACUUAAUUUCAUAAUCUGUAUAAUUUAAAGGUUUAAUCAUAAUUAAAGUUGAGUAAUGGGAAGUCUGUCCUCAAGAAACAGACCUGGAGCCAACGAGAAUCUAGAGUCUGAAGCUGAUAAGGGCAUCAAGUGUAAAGUAGUUUUACCUGACAGGGAAUUCCGGUACAUUGAAUUGUUUAUACACACGACUGGCGCUGAGAUUAAGAACCUAUGUGCAUCCCAUUACAAAGCCAACAUGUUGACUGUCAGUGUACAUAAUCCUCUCAAUGAGGUCGUUAUACUAGAGGAUGCAAUGACCUUGGCAGACCAUAUUGAUACGUUGAAAGAAAUACGUAUCACCUAUAAUGAGCAAGUAGUUAACAGGCCAGCUGAUGAAAUUGGGGGUGUCAAAUUAAAGCGUUAAAACAUCCGCUACCUUACAGUUUUGGACCAUUUGUUAUUGAAACUAUUGAAAUAUUUUUAAAAUCCGUGUAUGAUUGGUCUGUCAGCUCAUUUCACUACUAGUUCCAUAAGCUUUACUAAACUCAAUUAAUUGGUUAACAUUGUUCAGUCAUACUGGGGUUGUUUUUUUUUUUUUUUGGAAAUAAAUGUAAAGAAUAUAAUAAAAAUAAUAUAUUGUUUUUAACCGAAUUGUUUAUUUUCUUCACGAUGUUUUAAAGAUCAUGUUAAAUCUAGGUGUAAAUUAAUUCUAAAUUAAAUUACUUUACAUUUUA